UUCAUGCAGGCAGCGGCUGAGACGUAACCGCAAUCUCAGACAGUUGUGGAUCACACUAAACAUAAACACCGUGCCUUUUUUGGAGUGGGCAAGGACAAAUUCUUACGCUGUGGGGAGAAAUGAUAAACAAAACUCAUUGUGGCUGAAAGAACAACUAACAAAAAAGUAAACUUAAAUCCUACAUACCGCAUAGCACAUUUGCACUCCUACUAUUUGCUUUAUUUAUUGCUUCUUGGCCAAAGGCUCUAGUAUAAAACAUGAGGCUCUAUGAGGGACGAACCAGAUCUUUCCAGGCUCCUGUCACUGUCCAUAAUUAUCCCAGCAGCCACGUUUAUGUGUUUAGAAAUGGCCGAUCAGAUCCAGAUGAGUCAUCAGAGGAGGAAUCUGAAUUCAUGGAAUUACGUCCAAGGGGCAAGGAGCAGCAGAGAAGCAAUUCUUCCCAAGAGAGAGCUGGGGAUGUGGUGCUACUGGAACGAGAGCUCACCGAGGGCGAUAACCUUAACAAGCUAGCCCUGCAGUAUGGGUGUAAAGUUGCAGAUAUCAAACGUGUCAACAACUUCCUCUGUGAGCAGGACUUGUAUGCUCUGAAGUCUAUCAAGAUUCCAGUCAAGGCCCACGGGGUGUUAACGGAGACCAGCAAAGAGUUAAAACCUCCUCAGAAUGCUCCUUCCCAGGCUGGAAUGACACUGAUUGAACUACCAGAGCCUGAUGAUGGAGCCACCAGCAGCAGCUACAGUGAAAGCAGAUACCUGACUGACUACUUUAAGGGGAUUGACCAGACCAUUGAGGAUGUAGUGCAAUCCAAAGUCCAUUUAAAUGCAGAUUAUUGCAUAGAAGCACCAAACUGCCCACCAUCAGGUUCAGGGGGGCAAAAGAAGCCCAAUAAUGGUGCAGACUGUGGAAUCCAGUGGUGGAAUGCCGUUUUUAUCAUGCUCCUGAUAGGAAUAGUCUUGCCAGUAUUUUAUAUUGUCUAUUUUAAAACACAACAGACUGGGGCAGCAGCCCAUACCUCAAACACAACCUUUACCUUGAAUAGCUCAGCUCAUGAAUUGGGGGGGAAAUUGUCACAGCACCUACCAAUCGUGGAAACCCCCAAAGCGAAGAUACAGCCUAGUACUACCUCUCCGCCCAACACUGAUGCCCAUAAACCAGUAACUCUGACCCUACCGGAUUCAGGUGGCUAAUUUUUUUUUUUUAAGUGAGCUAAUGAUCUUGACUGAACAUAGGGUGACAUGUUUUCUCUAAAUGAAUAAAGAUGUGUUGUAGAUUACCAAGUGCAACAGACAUUUGGCUCUGCGUUUAUAAACCCUUCCAAGGGAAAGUAGCUUGCCCCAGCUUACUCUCAAGAGUGGCCUUGUCUAAAAAUCUGAACUAGGCAGACACAGCGGAGUGUGUGCUCUUAAAUAUUGUAUGGGUUAUUGAUUGGAAUGAUGCAAUCUAAUAGCGCAUGAGAAGACACAUUUUAUAUGGAUGGAGCAUUUUCCCUGCCACAAAACAACAUUUUUCAUUCUCUGGCAGAACCGAGUGGGUCCUGCAUAUUUAACCCUACGUAUGCCUUUAUAGCUUGAUAGACUAGCUCUGGUCCAUGGCACUAUUAAAACUAAACAGGACACUUGAUAUCUCCAUAUCCCUUUACUCUUAUCAAUGACAGUAUUAAGAUAAAUUGAGCUAGAAUGAUUGAGGGUCUUAGCCUGCUGUGAGCGCCAUGGAGGCAAGGAUCAGCCUGUGCAGGGGGGCCCUGUGACUUCAUUAGGGCUCCCUGCAGGUACCUAGUCAGGCCAGAGCUCUCUGCAGGAACUGGUCCUUAGGUCGGUUAUUCCUCAGUAAUAGCCUUUGCUCAAUAGUGACAGCAAAAGUUCUGUUCAGCCACACAGUCCAACCUGCAGUGGCCGACUCGGCCUAAAGACAUCUUGAGCCUAGCGUCCCUGGGCUGGCUUCGUGGACUAGUCGGCAAUCCCUUUGUCUAGGCACAGUGAGCCAUCUCAAGCACUGCGUUUCAGUCUAAACAGGGUAUCCUUGCUCUUAGGAGUUUAAACUAGAUGGGUCAGUGAGGAGUUUUCCAUUCUGUACAGUAAUAAAAAGGGGAAACAACCCCCCAGCUAUUGUAGGAGUUCAUGAGGAGCAUAACUUGUACAAACCUGGUGUAGGCUAAUUUUAGGGAUUUUUAGUGCCUGUGUAGAGAGUCAGCCAUGUUUCUGAUCACCCAUCUCCAUCCUGAAAUAAGGUCUCUUGCGUGAGUACACAUGGUUGUGACAGAGCCGAAGAUGUUCUUGAUGCAUUCUGGUCUGUUGAACGGAGGCCCACAGGUUUCUGGUAUAUUUUUCAAAGAUUUGUUUACAGUAAAUGCUGAAUGCGUGGAAAGGUUCCUUACAGUAUAUGCGAUAAAUGUGGAUGAAGACUAAGCUUUGGGUUGUUUGAAUCGGCAGUAAAAACCUCUUAAUUGGUGUAGCCAUUUUAAAAAUAAAUUCAGAACUGUUUCUCAUGGCUAACCCCUGCCACAUAAAUUGACAUUUUGAAGUUGUAGAAUUGAACAUACUUAAGGAAACAUUGUGCAUAACAUAAGCAAAAUCCCCAUAACAUAUUGCCUAAAUAGAAGCUAACUUUCAGCAUAGAGCCAAUUUUAAGGAUGUUAGACUUUCCCCAGGCCUAGACACGGACAUCCCAGGAAGUGCAAUUAGAAUACAUUUGUUUACCAGCCUGAUUGUCUUAAAUGAUACUAGCUGAAAUUAUGAUAUGAAAAGCACAAGGGUGCUGAAUGCAGAAGGUAGCUGGGUUCCACCCCCCACCUAACUGGAGGAUGGUUAUAGAAUUAGUACUGUUGUAACAGGGUACAAAUCACAGAUUAAUAAGAUGCUCCUUAGAAAAUACAUAAAGGUUUAAAGCAAACUACAGGGGAAAGGGUUUUUUCUCUCUCUCUUUCAAACACUCAGAUACAGGAGUCAAUAGUUUUAGAUGUAUUUAAUAACACAAAAUUAAGCAGGUAAAGGAGGAAAUGAUAGAAGACUGAAAAAUAACUUUUGAAAUGAUUUGUUGAAUUAAGGAAUUGCCUGCUAUUGUCGUGCCACUAGAGGGCACUGUUGUCACAAAUACACAAGUCAAUGAGGCAACGUGAAGGAAAUUCAGAUCUUAAAUUUAUGAGCACCGUGGUUAGUACUAACCAUCUCUGUCCCAAAUUAAGGUUCUGAGAUGGGUGUUGAAGUUAAGAGAGAGAAGUUCUGUCUUUAAGAUCGAUUAUGUCAGUAAUAAAGUCUUGCUGGCCUGAGGCAAAUGCAUGGACAGCAUUUGUGUUU